AAUCCAUCGGGAAAUGGAAAAAUGCAAUCGAAGGAAAGUAAACGAGAAUGGGGCAGUCGGCACACAAGUACUGGGAAAAGAAGCAACCAAUCCACCAAGUCAGGCGCGCUAAAAGUCGGAACACUGAGCACUCUUUCCGUAUUUUCAUUCUCGUCACACUUUUUAACCAUUCCACUCCACCAUUUCACACUUAACUUCUUUUCAAAUAUCAAAGUCCCACUGUGAAUUCAAGCCGAGUGUGAGGGGUGCAGGAAUGGCGGAUCCGCAGAGAAAACGGGUGAGCGAAGAUAUGGUAACAUAUUCAUAUCUUCUCCUCUAUAUUGCACUCUCUAGUGGCCAGAUCUUCUUCAACAAGUGGGUUUUGUCUUCAAAAGAUAUAAACUUUCCUUAUCCUCUUGGAUUGACUCUACUUCACAUGGUCUUCUCCUCAAUUUUGUGUUUUGUGCUUACCAAGGUUCUGAAGAUAAUGAAAGUUGAGGAAGGGAUGACUCUAGAUAUAUACAUGAGUUCAGUCAUACCAAUUGGUGCAAUGUUCGCUAUGACACUUUGGCUUGGGAACACUGCUUAUCUCUAUAUUUCAGUUUCAUUUGCUCAGAUGCUGAAAGCAAUCAUGCCUGUAGCAGUUUUCAUUCUGGGGGUUGCAGCUGGACUCGAAGUGAUGAGCUGCAGAAUGCUUCUCAUAAUGUCAGUAAUCAGUUUUGGUGUACUUGUAGCUUCUUAUGGGGAAAUAAAUAUUAACUGGGUAGGUGUUGUCUAUCAAAUGGGAGGUGUCGUUGGAGAAGCUUUGAGGCUUAUAUUUAUGGAGAUUCUGGUGAAACGGAAGGGCCUGAAGCUCAACCCCAUAUCUGUGAUGUACUAUGUCAGCCCAUGCAGCGCUCUUUGUUUGUUAAUUCCAUGGAUCUUUUUGGAGAAACCAAAGAUGGACGAACAGAGGACAUGGAGCUUCCAUCCUCUUAUUCUAACCCUAAAUUCUCUAUGUACCUUUGCCCUGAAUCUGUCUGUUUUUCUGGUGAUUCAACAUACAAGUGCCCUGACCAUUCGUGUUGCUGGAGUUGUCAAAGAUUGGGUCGUUGUGCUGCUAUCUGCCCUACUUUUUGCGGAUACAAAAUUGACAUUGAUUAAUCUUUUUGGUUAUGCUAUUGGUAAAUCUUCUAAACUUUUGUCAAAAUUCCUUUCCUAAUCCCCUUGAGUGGUUCGCCAAGAACAUAUUACUUUAACUAUUUAAGUGCACUAUAGCCAUGUUUAGUAAUCUCCUAUGUUUCGUGAGCUCUACAUAUUCUUCUGCUAGUAAAAAAAAAUUGAUUCCGUAAAAGAUGAGAUC